UCAGUUCGUCGAAAUUGUGUACUUUUUAAACAUGCAUUUAAAAAUCGUUUUGUUACUGUAUUUUUUAAAAAUAUGUAGUGCUCAGGUAUAUAUUAUUGGAAAUAACAGAUUUAAUAAGAUGAAAGAAGUUUUUGCUUGGAAACAAAUUGGUUAUAAUUUUGAUGGCAUUCAAUAUAUUAAAGAUGAACCCGUAAAAAAAGACUUUACCUCAAUAUAUUUCAGAGACUCUAGAGAGGAAAAAGACAGCUAUUUCACACAAUACAAUAACAUACCUAUUGGCUUCGAAGUUUAUGAAAAAAAACUUUUCAUCACUGUGCCCCGAAGACGAUAUGGAAUACCAUCGACUCUGAACUACGUGGAUCUGGACUCUAAGGAGUCUUCACCACUGUUGAAACCUUACCCCAACUCCGCUAGCGUGGAUAAAUUCUUCUCAGUAUACAGGCCUCGGGUAGAUGCUUGUGGUAGACUAUGGAUGGUUGAUACUGGUCUUUUGGAGAUCCCUGGGGACUUUCAGAGUAAUAAACAGCCUGAAAUUAUCAUAAUUGAUCUGAAAACUGAUGAAGAAAUCCUGAGAUAUAUCAUCCCGGAUAAAGUUUUACUGAACGGGACCACUUCAGGUCUAACUUCAAUAACUGUGGAUGUCACGUCAUCAACGUGCAACGAUGCUUUCGCCUACAUAAAUGAUUUAGCUCAAAACGGCCUGAUAGUAUUCUCUUUAAAGAAAAAAGACAGUUGGAGAUUUGAACACCCUACAUUCAAAUAUGAUGUUGGGGCUACCAACUUCAGUGUUGCAGGUCACAAUCUGAAUUGGAAAGACGGUCUAUUCAGUAUUGCCCUAUCAGACCCUGAUAGUAAGGGCAUCAGAAAAGCUUAUUAUCAUCCUCUGAUGUCAACGCAGGAGUUCUCCGUAUCCAAUGAGGUUUUAAAGAAUCCGGACAGCGUAUUGGACUCUAAGAUUGCUGAGAGUUUCAAGCUCGAAGGUGUAAGAGGGGCGUUCUCUCAAAGCGGUUCGCAUGACUUCCACAGUGGAACCAAGACCUUACUGUUUGCGAAUGUAGCCCAAGAUAGUAUUAUGUGCUGGAAUACUAAAGUUUCUCUGAUGAGCAAGAUAUCUGUGCCGGUAGCUCAGAGCCAUACGAAACUGGUCUAUAUUUCAGAUUUAAAGGUGAAAGGUGAUGAAGUGUGGGUAUUAGUGAAUCAGAUACCAACUUUCAUAUAUUCUAAGUACGAUACUAGUAAAAACAACUUUUUUGUACACAAAGGCAGAGUGCAAGACAUAAUAAAAACUACAUUAUGUGAUGUUUAACAGACUGAAGAUUAUUCUAAUAAAUAUAAUUAAAGAGAAA